AUGCGAUUCAUCUUUGUGCUAUCAUUUACACUUCUUGUUGUUAAUGCAGAUCAGGAACAUGAAGCGCAUGGUUCUGCUAGUGCCAAAUUUCGUUAUGAGCACGAAGGGGCUGGUCAUAAUCAACAUGCUGACCAUAAGGCUGUUCUUGGAUCAGAAAAAACCGCUAAAGAGUUUGACGAAUUAAGUCCAGAAGAAUCACGUAGAAGGCUACGUAUUUUAGCAAAGAAGAUGGAUAUUAAUCAAGACGGUUAUGUAGAUGAGAAUGAACUUACUGACUGGAUCCACCAAUCAAUGAUUUCUUUGGAUAAAGAAGAAAGUGAUGAAAGAUUUGAGGAGAUGGAUAAGGAUGGCAGUUCAGGUGUAACCUGGAAAGAGUAUAUUGCUGAAGGGUUUGGUGAUAUCGAUGAAAAUCAGGAAAUGGACGCUGAAGAUAGAAAACUCAUGGAGGAAGAUAGGAAGUACUUUAUUGCUGCAGAUGUCAACGGUGAUGGGAUUCUUGAUAGGAAUGAGUUCGAUGCUUUUCAUGCUCCGGAGCAUCAUCCUCAUAUGCAUGCAACUGUAGUUGAGUUGACUUUGAAAGAAAAAGAUCGUAAUAAAGAUGGAAAAGUGGACCUGACAGAAUUCUUGGGUGACGUAGCUGAAAGUGAGGGCGCUGAAUGGUAUGAGUUGGAAAAGAGCAGAUUUUUGGAGGAGUACGAUAAAGAUAAAAGCGGCUUUCUUGAAGGGGAUGAAAUCACUUCUUGGUUGAUUCCUGACACAAGAGAAACAGCAAAACAAGAGGCUGAACAUCUGAUCGGCAGUGCUGACAAAGAUCACGAUAAACGUUUGAGCAUUGACGAAAUUGUAGCGGAACAUGGACUAUUUGUUGGUUCAGAAGCAACAAAUUAUGGUGAACAUUUGAACAAAAUGGGACACGAAGAGCUCUGA